ACAUGAGGAUGAGCGAGAGAUCUGAGGGGGAAAAUGCUGCUGAGUAAAGUUUGUGGAUAUUUCUAGAGGGAAUUUUGAAGCCCUUUGAACUUUGGGGAAGAAUCUCAGAGGAGGGUCGACCGCGCUGACUGCAAAGAGAAAAAGGUGGGACGUUGGACAGAAGGGCUCUCCUAGCAGCAUGGCAUCCACCAUAUUUUCCUCUUUCCACCUUUUCCUCUUCCUCUCCUUCCUCACACUUCCACUUGUCCUCACCCAGGACUCAUCAGCCACCACGGUGGCGGUAGCAGAAGGCGACCCGUUCAUCGCCCCUACGACACCUGUGAACCAGACAUCUCCUAACAACAUUGAGCCCACUCAGAACACUCCUCCAGAGACAGGGCUGUCCACUCCCACCAGUGGAGGAGACGCAGACGAUGAGGAUGUGCCUCCGGUCGGGGGGACACGUUGUCAGGGCUACUACGAUGUCAUGGGCCAGUGGGAUCCACCGUUCAACUGCAACGCCGGCGUCUUUCUGUACUGCUGCGGUACCUGCUUCUACCGCUUCUGCUGCCAGUUCCGUCAGCAGCGGCUGGACCAGAGGAUCUGCUCCAACUAUGACACGCCCAUCUGGGCCAACACUGGCAAGCCUGUGGCAACCAUCACUGAGGGUCAGGACGACGGGGACCGGGAUCGCACACACCUCAUCGUCUACAUUAUCUGCGGCGUGGUGGCUAUCAUGGUGCUGGUGGGCAUUUUCACCAAACUGGGCCUGGAGAAGAGCCGGGGAGGGAGCGGAGGAGGAGGCGCAGCAGGGGCGACGCACGCUGACCUUAACUCCAGGACUCUGACAGACCUGCUGAAGCAGCAGGGAGCUGAAGUGAGCACGGUGGAAAAUGCCGCGAACAGUUCGCCCAACGGAGGAAGAGCCAACGGCGUCUCAACCAGGAUGCCACGCAGCAGGAGUGAACAGCACCAUCUGAAUAACUCGGCUUACGGGCAGUUUGGACAAGGGCUUCCACAUCCUCACAGCAACCACAGCACCGUGGGACUCAACAAGUAUACCUCCCUGAAAGCUGUGGCUCACAGCGCAUCUAAGAGCUACUACAAGAGCUUCCCACUCAUGGACUUCUCCCAUUACCAGCCAGUGGCGCCUCCUGCUUUCCAGCCUGUGCCCGUACAGCCCAAAGAGAAGUCCUACAUGCACCAGCAUGUGUCAGCGCACCACGACCUCCAAGCCCCACUCUCCAUCUCUAUCCCACCCAGCCAUCUGGAGCACCCGCACAUUCCCAAAACCACCACGCACCCAAUGCUCUCGACCUCGGCCUUCAGAGCCUGGGAGCCGUCCGCCCGACAUGUCCACAGGCAGACCUCUGCCCCUGCACACACUACCUCCUCCUCCUCCAUGCACAGCUCCAGCCGCAGACAGUUCUACUCGACCCGCAGGCAGCAGAGCAUAGAGAACAUGCCGGACCUCUUUAGCCAGCCCUACGGGGGGAUGUAUCGAGGAGCCAGGGAGGGGGCAAGGCAUGGGCAGCAUGGUCAGGGACAGCAUCUUUCUCAACAUCCAUCUCAACCAUCCUACUACCACCACACAAGACAAAAGAGCUACUCCACCCACAGUACGACUGAAGUGACUGUCUAA